AUGUCAUCGACUAGUGUGUUUACCGAUCAAAUCAAUACAGCGACAACGACGAUUGUAUUUUGUGUUUUAGUAAUUAAUUUCCUCUUAGGUUCAAUAAGUUUAGUAUUGAACAUUAUUAUCUUUACUAGACCGACACUUCGACGUCAACCGUGUGCAAUUUAUUUUCUUACGUCAUCGUGUCUCAGUUUAUUUGUUAUUUAUGUCAUUUUGCCGGUGCGAAUUGUUUCAAACAGUUUUAAUGAAGAUUUAGCGAAUUAUUAUCUAUUUGUAUGCAAAACUGAAUUUUUUCUCUUUUUCUCCAUUCGAGCGACAUCCUGCUGGGCGAUUCUAUUCGCGUGUAUCGACCGAUACUUUCACAGUUCAUCCAAUGUUAAUCUACGUCGAUUAAGUUCCCUAAAAACCGCGAAAAUCACCAUGAUUCUUACAAGUCUCAUUAUUUCACUUUCGUAUUCUCAUAUGAUUGUUUAUUAUACUAUCAAACAAACAGUAAAUCAGUACGGAACUAUAAGAGCAGUUUGCACGGAUCAAAAUGGAAAUUAUGCUACGUUCAUCGCAUUCUGGCAUAUGAUAUUAUAUUCACUCGGACCAACAAUUUUCAUGUUUUUAUUCGGAUAUUUAACGUUGCGCAAUCUUCGACAAGGUCGUCGAUUAGUUCCAGCGAUUGGAACUGAAAAUCAACGAAACAUUCGACGAACAGAUAAUCAAUUAUCCAGAAUGUUAGCAAGUCAAGUAUUUGUUAUUGUUAUUGCCACUUUACCAUUUUCAUUCUGUCGAAUUUAUGUUUCGCUAACGGAAAACAUCCCGAAAGAUACUUUGAGACUCGCACAGGAAAAUCUGGCGAUCAAAACUUUAGGCGCGAUGACGUAUUUUACACAUUCAACAACAUUUUAUUUAUACACUUUGUCGGGAACCCUUUUUCGACGAGAACUAGCGAAAAUUUGCCAGUUCAAAUGA